AUGGAAGAGACGUGGAAUCUGAUCGAUGCAUUUGAAGUCUCAGAACAUUUUAGCCGAUUCCCUGCGGGAAUUGCUCACAACUCUGCAGAGGUCGUCGCAGCCCUCCGGAAAGUGAUUGAAUUCUCUUGUAGCCCAGGGUCCAAGGAGGAAAAGAAGGCAAUUACGCGCCACCUCACUGCUGACAACGAACCUUUCGCAAUCUGCCAUUGCACGGCGAUUCCGGAAAGACUGGUCAUUCUGUCAUCUAUAAUUGAAUUAGCAUGGAUCAAUGACGACGUCACAGAAGAGCUAGAUCACAAAACCGCAUGCGAAAAGCAUGAAAUCCUCAAGCGGGCAAUGGAUCUCGAGAAGCUCUUGAAAGGCCAUCCUGGUCGAUUUAACCCUCGAGAAACUCUUUUUGGCCUCCUCGUCCAGAAGGCAGCCGUUAUAGAUCCAAAUUCCGCUUCGAAGGUUGUAGAGGUACUGUCGCAUUAUCUGGAUACAUUUGACAGUAGCGAUGAGGAGUUCACUAGAAUGGAGGACUACAACCCUUACCGAGUUGGUAACUGUGGUUAUUGGAUAUCAUCGUUUUUCAUCCGCUGGGGCAUGGGCCUAACCCUUACAGACGCAGAAUACGAGUCAAUACGCGAGUUCGACUUUAGUAUGGGAAUUAUCCUCGGACUGACAAACGACUACUUCAGCUGGCAUGUGGAGAAAGAUCAGGAUACUGACCGUGUCCGGAAUGCAGUGCGUGUACUUAUGAAAGAGUAUGGGGUUUUAGAUACUGUUGCGAGGACAUUACUUAGAGGUAUGAUUGUAGACGAAGAAGAGAAGGCCUGCCGACUGAAAGAGAAGAUAUUGGCUUCUUCGCCUUCGUUAGCGAUUGUCGAGUACAUCAAGGCGAUCGAAUUGUACGUUGGGGGAAGCUGUUAUUGGCAUGCCACGGCGCCACGAUACAAGACGGAAUAG